AUGUUCGAAGGAAAAUAUAAGCCCGAUAGUGAAAAAGAAUUAUCUAAAGAUAAUUUAUCGAAUUCACGUGAAUUUCAAGAAAGUGUGGUUACCUCAAAUAAUUCAGUUCUAUUUAAUAAUACUAAGAAUAAUGAAGUACGCUUUGGUGAACAACCUAUUUAUGCAAGUUCAUCAUCAUCAGACAUGAACAAUCGUAAUCAACAAAGAAAUGAAAAUAAUGUUUUCAAAGCUGUUUCAGGUGCACAAUUAUCUUUAUUUUAUGGAAGUGUUAGUAGUGUAACAACUGAACAAGAUGAAGAUUAUAUUAAAGAUCCACCUGAAACAGAAGACAAAACACAUGAUAGUUUUGAAUCAGUUUCAGAAGAAGCAACUGAUAAAUUACAAGCUUCAUUAACUAUUCCUAUAACAACAACUACUACAAACUAUAAUCAACCACAAAAACGACACAUUAUGAUUAGUUAUAACCAGUCAUCACGUGAAACGUGUCAAAAGAUUUAUGAUCGUCUUGUCGAAAGAAAUUAUAAAGUUUGGAUGGAUUUAACAAAUAUGGUUGAUGAUAUUCUUGUUAGUAUGGCUCAAGCUGUUGAAAAUUCUUAUAUUAUACUUAUUUGUAUUAAUCAACAAUAUUAUACAAGUGAUUAUUGUCGAUUAGAAGCUGAAUAUGCAGCUGAAAAUCGAAUUAAAUUUAUUCCAUGUCUAAUGGAAAAAUCUUUUCGUGCGGAAAGUUGGUUAGGUAUUAUUAAAGGUUCUAAUGUUCACGUUGAUUUUUCAUCAGUCGAAAAUUUUGAUCACUCAUUCGAAGAAUUAGUUCGUCAAAUAACGUACGUUGAAAAAAAGUUAUCUUUACAACCACGUCGUACUCCUACACCUUGUUCAUUUAUGAAUCCAAUACAAUUAACAACAAUGAAUACAUUAGAUACAGCAAUAUCAACAGGUAUUAAUGAUACAAGUUGUCGUCGUUUCGAUGAUAUUAUUCGUAAAUAUAAACGAUCAUUAAAAAAAGAACGAUGUGAAUUAUAUCAAUUAAAACCAAAUGAACUAGCAAGUCUAAUUAUUAAACUUCGUCAAGAAUUAUUUGCUGAUCCACAUAUAUUAUCAGAUAGUGAAAGAUCUGAUGGUGAAGUUGGAAAGCAGCACAAUGAUAAUCAAUAUUUAAAACAAACUUUAAGUCCAACACCAUAUCAAAAUGAAUUAUUAUUAAGCUUAGUUAAUCGUAUUACAAAAUUAGAAACUAUGCAACAAAAUAAUUCACAUUAUUUCGACAUGUAUGGAUGUUUUAAAGUAACAUUAGGUAUUAUGGCUUUAUGGGCGUUCAACGUAUAUAUCAUAAAGAAUAGACAUAUAUUAUAA